CAGCCAUACCCCCAUCUUCAUCCAUCUCAGACCCUGCUCGUCCUACACUAGACGAUACCGGCAAGCAUGUCGACCAUGGCAACGCACGAAGAGGCGCAAGUGAGCAAGUUCCUGCCUAGUCCGAAGAGCUUGGCGAUUGUUGGCUGUCCCUUUAGCGGUGGACAGCCGAGAGCCGGCGUUGACCAGGGCCCCAUCCACCUCAUACAUGCUGGUCUCCCAAAGCAGCUUGAAGAGCUCGGCUGGAAGGUCCACUUCGACGGCCACCACCAGUUCGAGGACGUAUCUGCGGCGAUCGGUCCCGAUUCGCCGAUUGGAAAGCUCAAGAACCCCCGUAGAGUCUCCAAGGUGUGCGAGGAGGUUGCAAAGGUUGUUGGCGAGCACGCGAAGAAUGGACAGCUACCUGUGACUCUGGGUGGCGACCACUCGCUAGCUAUGGGCACUAUCUCGGGUACAUUCGAGAAGUACCCAGAUGCCUGUGUUGUCUGGGUCGACGCCCAUGCAGACAUCAAUACUACUGAUACCACCGACUCUGGUAACAUUCACGGCAUGCCCGUCUCCUUCCUCCUCGGCCUCGGCGAGAAGGUCGAGGAAUUCAAGUGGGUCAAGCCCGUCCUGAAGCCGAGCCGCCUUGUCUACAUCGGCCUGCGGGACGUCGAUGCGGGCGAGAAGCGCAUUUUGAAGGAGAACAACAUCAAAGCGUUCUCGAUGCACGAGGUCGACAAGUACGGCAUCGGCAAGGUCGUCGAGAUGGCGCUAGACCAUGUCAACCCGAACCGCGACCGGCCCAUCCACUUGAGCUUCGAUGUCGACGCGCUCGACCCCACCGUCGCGCCCUCCACCGGCACGCCCGUCCGUGGAGGCCUGACUUUCCGUGAGGGCCACUACAUCUGCGAAGCCAUCUAUGAAACUGGUUGCCUUGUCGCACUGGACAUCAUGGAGGUGAACCCUUCCCUAAGGGAUGCUGAAUCCGUUAGACAGACCGUCGCCGUGGGCUGCUCGUUGGCCCGCUCGGCACUUGGUGAGACUUUGCUUUAGCUAUGAAGCCCUGCGCGCUAUCUGCGUCAACACUUGUACUAUUACCAGUGUACUAGAUGGAAUAAUUUCCUCUGUAUAGACAAGCAGAGCCCGAAUAGAGAUGAGAGGACAUGUAUGUGAUGUACGGAUGAAGAAUAUAUCUGGAGGAUAUAGUUCUACAGG